CACGUAACGUAUGAUAAGCCCAGAUGGAAACAGUGACUUAAGUAUUGACCGGUUUUCCUGAAUGUAUUUGGACACUGAAAAGGGUAACUUGAAAGUUCUAUUGAUUGCAACUGAGAGGCGAUCAUAUGACAGUGGAAACCCUGUGACUGGAUGCCAUCGAUAUCCCACGCUCCUAUCUGACAUCUUAUAGCUUUACCUGUUAGGUAGAUCUAGCGACUUGCCGUGAACCAGUAAGGAGACAGGACGCACAGGCAGAGGUAUUGAAGCUAUGAAGAUCAUACUUGCCCUCACGAUCGCCACUGUUAUCUCCCUUGUUGAUUCGAACGAGGAGUUAGGAACAGAUGCUGAUAGAGAAAAGAGAAGUUCUACACUCGACCGAAUGCCUUUAAACUAUGGAAAGAGAAUUCCUUCCAGGUCGCUGCGGUCCGUCUUAGACAGAAUGUCAGUUGGGUAUGGAAAAAGGGAUUCAAAUGGAGGAUAUGAAAGGGCACUAACAACGGUGGAGGAUUUGGCAGCUAUGAUUUCUUCACAGCCAAACUUGGCACAGAGGUUUGUUCGGAACUUCAUUGAUACAAAUGGUGAUGGACUUGUCAGUGUGAGUGAGCUCAGCGGAGAAGGACUGAUGUGAAUGUUAUAGCGAGGGGCCAUAGUUCCAUCAGGCAACGACGUCACGCUCUCUGCGAGUAAAUACAAGCUUAUCCUGGGGCAGAAUUUGUACUCAUUGCACACCACGGUUAAACAACUCUCCUGAUAUUUCAUUAAUUGAUAAGAGACUCGGAACAGAUUAAUUUCUCACUAUACACUAUUUCGCAUGUCAGUUGUGUCUCGACAAUAGUUUGUUUGUGCAAGAAUAUGUUAAUGUAUUUACCCAUGGCAACAGUGGAACCAUCACCGAUGGAAGGGGACUGUGUAUAAAGUCAACAUGGCUGAAAUGUAAAUAACAAAUGUCGCAUUUAUUCAGUCCCCAACAAGAAAUAAACAUUUUGUAUGUGAAA